UUGGACAUCGAGUGGACAUCGAGUGGACAUCGAGUGGACAUCGGACUCAAAAUGAGUGGCGAAACGGUUGGCAUUAUAUAUCCGCCGCCAGAGCUUCGAAAUAUCGUCGAUAAGACGGCGAGUUUUGUGGCGCGAAAUGGGCCGGAGUUUGAGAGUCGGAUCCAACUGAACGAACAAAAUAACCCAAAAUUCAAUUUCUUGAAAGCCGGCGAUCCAUACAAUGCUUACUAUCAACACAAAUGCAAAGAGUUUAGAGAUGGCAACAAACCCGGCAGUGAUAUCGUCGCCGCCCCCACCGGUCCCCACACCACCGCUGGAGGUAUACCCACCCCUACGAUCACAAACAAACAGCAACAGCAGACGAGCCUCCAGACAAAGACCAGCAAACAGUUGGAACAGUUUAUGGAUCCGCCGAUCAUUCCUCGUGAGCCGCCGCCGGACUACGAGUUCAUGGAAGACCCGCCGUCCAUAUCGGCGCUGGACUUGGAUGUGGUCCGGUUGACGGCCCAGUUCGUGGCCAUUCACGGCCGAUCAUUCCUCACGAACCUCAUGAACAGAGAGCAACGCAACUAUCAGUUCGACUUUCUUCGGCCACAACACGGACUCUUCAAUCACUUCACACAACUCAUCGAACAAUACGCCAAAAUACACACACCAUCGAAGAAUGUGGUGAAUCUGUUGGCCAAAGAGUUGGAGAACAAUAAGAUCUUCUUAGACAAAGUGCGGUAUAGAGUGGAGUGGACUAAAAUACAAGAGGCGCAGAGGAGGCGUCAGGAGGAGGAGGCCGAGAAGGAGCGCAUCCAAUACGCGCAGAUAGAUUGGCACGACUUUGUCAUUGUCGAGACCGUCGACUACCAGCCCCACGAACAGGGAUUGUUUCCGCCGCCAACUACUCCUGAAAGGGUCGGCUCUAGGAUUCUGUUGCAGCAGAGGAUUGACGAACAGGGGGUAAUGACUAGUCAUUUGUUCCGUUAUCUGAUUCUGUUAUCUGAUUCUCAAGAAGCGGUUGAAAUGGACGUCGACUCCGAUGAGGAGAAUAAUGACGGAAACAAAGAGGAAACUAAUGGCAACAAACAGAAGGAGUCAAUGCCUCCGCCACCACUGCCUCCACUUCCGCCACAAUUGGAUAAUGUGCUCAUUCGGAAGGACUAUAAUCCGAAGUCCACGAAAGCACAGCCGCAACAGAACCCAACCCCGAGUCGAUCGACUGAUUCUUUCCUCAUCUCUCCGAUCACUGGCGAGAAAAUACCGGCCGAUAAACUCCAGGAACACAUGCGCUUCGGACUACUGGACCCGCGUUGGGUCGAGCAAAGGGACCGCUCUCUCCAGGAGAAGAUGGCUCAGGAGGAGGUGUAUGCCGUGGGCUCUGCCAUUGAAUCCAGUCUUAAACAGUUGGCUGAGAGACGAACUGAUAUUUUCGGAUCAGGAGAUGAGGAGACAGUUAUCGGUAAAAAGAUUGGCGAAGAAGAGCACAAAAAGCCAGAGAAGGGAACAGUUGUAUGGGACGGACACACGGCUUCGGUGGAAGCGGCCACUCGUGCCGCCAGAGCUAACAUCACUAUUGAGGAACAGAUCCAACAAAUACACAAAAUUAAAGGACUUUUACCUGAAGACGAUAAGGACAAGAUAGGGCCGGCUUUGCCCUCCUCUUCCAACAGCGCCACUAUAUCCGCGCCGCCCAUCACUUCGAUGCCCAUCAUCUCCGCGCCGCCCAAAUCCCAAAUGCUUUCGACGCCCACUAUGUCUAUAGUGACGACAACCAUAAACUCUGCGCCGCCUGUUAUGCAACCGCAACAGCAGAUGCAGGCCAUGCAUCAGAUGCAUCCCCAUCCUCAGCACCAAAUGAUGCCACCAAUGAUGAUGGGCGGACAGGGAGGCCCUUAUAUGAUGGCCCCACACAUGAUGGCACACAUGGGUUUGUAUGGUAUGCCAGGGAUGCAAAUGCCACCCCCGCAUGAGAUGAAUAUGGGGCCCAAUAUGACUCCAUUAGGCGUUCCACCGCCUAAUAUGACGAUGUCUUUCGAAGAGGAGCCGAGCGCUAAGAAACAGAGGACUGAAGAUAAUUUCAUACCAGAAGAUGAGUUUAUAGCAAAGAGCGGACCUAACGUUACGAUCAAAGUACAGGUCCCGCAGAGCAGUGAAAAGGCUGAAUGGAAACUGACGGGUCAGAUGUUGACACUCACCCUUCCGUUGACGGACACCAUAUCAGUAAUAAAGACGCGAAUCCAUGAGCAGACAUCUAUGCCUCCGGGGAAACAGAAACUCCAGUUGGACGGCGUCUUCGAGUUCCUGAGGUUAAGCAACCGGAUAAUAUUGUACUGA